AUGUUUGUGGCAGUUGUUUUGUUGUGUUUACUGUGCCUAACGGAAGGUCAUCUAGUGGAAUACAAAUGCGGAACAAUCGGCGACAAAUAUGUGGAGUUCACUCCAGUGGUGAACGUGCCUGGUCGAUACACCUUGAAGUUGUGUACGUUGAAGAACCCGAAUGUAACAGAUUGGCGUGUUGAGCUAUGGUUCUACGAUGGUCCAAACUGUAAUAAAACUAACCCUAAAUUUAGGGUGCAUUCCAUUUUCGAAGAACCUAUCAACAAUCCAACAAAUUGCAGUAAUGUAUGUUACAUUGUGAACUUUGAUGUUGUAUUUGCUGCAUGCUACAGCAUUCGCAGUGAAUUUAAGCCUGACAAGAAAACACAUAAAAUAGAUGACAGUUUCUUUCCUGUACAAAAUAACCUGACGAUUGACAUGUUUAGGAAAAGCACACCAAAGGUUAUCAAUAUUCCUAAGGACAAAGAUGUGUCUAUAAGAUGGAUCUACGCUAUGCCAAUACCCCACAAUUAUUCAGUUCUAGUUAAACGGAAGCAGGGUGAUGAGGACAAUUACAAGGAAUACCUCAUCCCGGCGCCUGGAAGCUGUAAAGUGUCAGAUACAAACCAAUUAAUUUGCGACCUGGUACUUCCCCCCGGCUGUUACAUAGCUUUCUUGAGGUUCGAAGCACCCUGGUAUCCUGUACUCAACUCGCAAACUGAAAUUUCAUAUAAAUUUUGUCGGACCUCUGCGCGGCCGCCGGUGGUGGUGGUGGGGGUGGGGCGCGCCGCGUGGUGGGCACUGGGCGGCGCGCUGGUGGGCGCGGCGGCGCUGCUGCUGAGCGUGGCGCUGCGCCGCGCGCUCCGCUCCAGGGACUACCACAAGCGCGUCAUCGCCGCCUGGCUCGGCGCCAGAGAAUCUGAACCGGCCCGUGUAGUAUACGAGGGGCCGACCGAAUACAACAUACUGCUUCUGUACGCCAGAGAGGGAGAACAUGGCCAGCGAGCCGUUGAUGCUCUCAAGGAUCUCCUACAGCAAACCAUAACUGGACAGGUGCUGGACAUAUACGCGGCGGCGGUGACGGCGCAGGCGGCGCCCGCGUCGAGCGCGUGGCUGCGCUCCGUGCUGCAGCACGCGCGCACCAAGGUGCUGCUGCUGCAGUCGCCCGCGCUGCUAACGCUCUACUCCACCCGCCUCAAGGAGCCCGCCAUGCAAUUGAGCGAGCCGCUGCUGGGCCGCGGCGCGAUGUACCGGCGCCCCCACUGGGGCGACAAGCUGCUGCAGCUGGCGCUGUGCCUCAUGACGGAGAACGUGUCCGCUCACCACCUCUACCACAAGUACUACCUCGCCACGUACGAGGGUCUGAGCGGCGAGGUGGUCCCGCAGCUGGUCCCGUACCGGCGCUACGUGCUGCCGCGCGCCGCGCCCGCGCUGCUGCGCGACCUCGCCCCCCCCGCCCCCACCCCCGCCGGCGAGCAGCCCCCGCCCCUCGACCAGUACUACGGCGUCGUGGACGAGUUCGUGGCGCACGUCCUCCACAACCCCGACUACCUGCAGGAAGAGCUCGUCACGCUCGCCGGGCCCUCCGGGGACGAUCUCUGA